CUGUGGCGCCAGAGAGAAAAUAACUCAGACGUUGUGGCUCCUGUGUCGCCAUGUCGCCGUGGCUGGCACUGAGGGGCAGGUAGGGCAAGAGUGCCAAGAGGUGGAGGGGGCGGUGUAGCAGUCCCAGCGGGGCACCAGCUGUCACUGUGCCACUGGUACUGCAUGGGCGCAGUUGGGAUAGUCACUGCUGGCUGCACCGAAUGAUAAUCAGUGCGUUGAUCCAUCUGUGAUGAUCCAGGUGGAAACAGCUUUUAAGUUCGAACUAAGAGUCCAGGUGUGGUGUCGUGUUUCCCUCUCGAAGGAGCCUUCGCACGCGCUAGAGCGAGUCGAGGAAAAGGGUAUCGCAGUGUUGUGCAGUGAUAGGAUGUGAGGGCGAAGGAGCGACCUCAGCCCCGGUGUGACCUCGAGCCUGGUGUGACCCGAGCCUGGAGUGAUCCGAGGACUGUUGUGACCAAGGCGGCGGUGCAUGUAUUGCGCCUUGGCCUCCCCCCCUCCCCAUGUGCCCUUGGCCCCCCGUGCCCCUCCUCUAGUGCGUCCGAGUCCCAGUUGAAGAGGAAAGGCGGGAUGGACAAGAGAAAGAGGCGGCAAUGCGACCGAAAGUCGUGAGGAGGAUUUUAAACCGAAGUAGCGGCCUCGGCGUGAGUUAGUCGCUCUGAAAGCGAGCUGCGCGAGCGUGUCCGAGCGCCGCGAGUGCCCGGGGAACAGAUCGCUGGAAGCGAACUGCGAAGCAAGUCGAAGUCGCCGUACAAACAGUUGCCGCCGCCUCCCGCUCGAGCCGCCAGCAUGGGGGUCAACAUGGGCAAGAGUGGAGGAGGAGGCGCCCAGGGGGGGAGCGGGGGCGGAGGGAUCCUGGACGCCCUCCACCUCACACAGGGGAGUCUGCACAUCGUCAUGCUCGGUCUCGACUCCGCGGGCAAGUCGACGGCCCUGUACCGCCUCAAGUUCGACCAGUACCUCAACACCGUCCCGACCAUCGGCUUCAACUGCGAGAAAGUGAAGGGGCUUUCCGGGAGAGCCAAGGGCACGAGCUUCCUGAUCUGGGACGUGGGCGGCCAGGAGAAGAUCCGACCGCUGUGGCGCUCCUACACGCGCUGCACCGACGGCAUCGUCUUCGUCGUCGACUCGGUGGACAUCGAGCGCCUGGAGGAGGCCCGCUGCGAGCUGCACAAGACCGCCAGGCUCCCCGAGAACCUGCAGGUUCCCAUCCUGGUGCUGGCCAAUAAGCAGGAUCUACCGGGAGCCAAAGACCCGCAGGAGAUCGAGCGCCUUCUGGGCAUCGCGGAGCUGGGCAAUACCCAUCUGUGGCAUAUACAGCCAGCGUGCGCGAUCACCGGCGAAGGCCUGGACGAAGCCCUCGAGAACCUGUACGAGAUGAUCCACAAGCAGAGGCGCCUCUCGAAGACCAGCAAGAAGAAGCCCAGAUGAUCCUCGACCUCCGACUAGUUGGCCGCCUCUGCCAGCUGUCGGAAACCCUGGUGCUGGGAGUGCUGCCCCUUGAGCUGGUGGAGUGGAGACGAUCAAGCUACCUACGUGUAGUUUCUUCUCUUGUUUUUUCUUUGUUUUGGAAGCCUCGGGUGGUGUAUAUUCAUAGGCCUACGUAACUUCCCCAUCCCGUUGUAAAUGUGUGUGCGAAAUGCGUGUGUAGCUGAGGGAGGCACAUCUAAAUUAUCUGUUGUGUUGCACUCUCGAGCGAGCAAGCAAGUAAGCGUAGUGUGUCUCUUGAGAGUUGGUAUCUUGUACAGAGCUGUGUGUGAUUUCUUUUCGUAUGUGAACGCUUGUGAACAGCUCUUCUAUGUAGGCCUAUUCUUUGCCUUUUUAAGUUUAUGAUCUUCAGCUGUACGGGAAAAAAAAAUCCCAUUUGUAAUGUUUCAAACUGCACAUAGGACUCACGCAGAAAUCGUCCUGCACAAGGCAUUUGGUGGAUUAUCGAGGUGCCUGCAAUGCUGCAACAACAGUGACAACGAGGGAGAAAAAAAAAGUUGAUUUGCGGACUCGUUAACGAAGGCAAAGUGAUGUCGUUCGUGUCUUCACCAAGAGGUUAACCAGCAGUCCAGUCAGCAUAAGGUAUACAGAUGUUUUUGACUUUGGUGGUUAAAUGCCACAGAGAGUUGGCCCAAACCCUGACUCUCGGUGAAACAUUGCCUACUGAACUUUUGGAUGUAUGAUAAGCUGGACCCUGAAACGCCCUCCCAGUCCCCUCAAAGUGUGUUUGCUUACCUGUGGACGUUUCUUAAAAAAAGAAAGAAAAAAAAACAACCUUUGUGCUACUGAAAUAUAAAUGUACAUAUUGAAGGCAUCUGUGUAGAUCUUUCUUUUUUCAUUUGUAAGAGGACCAUCUUUGACGACGGUCCGUUGGCGUUUUACUAAGGACGGAAUUUCUUUUUUUUAUCUCGUCCAAGACAGUCGCGAAUCCCCGAAUGUGGGUCUUAGUUUCGAAAUCACCCAAGGCCUCCGUUUGACUGUGAUCCAUCUUGUGAGCGUCUGUUAUUCUCUGUUCUGUGCGGGAAAGCAAAGCACAACCAGCCGUAGAAGCUAUGGGAAAUAACACGUGGAAAUAGCCAGUGAAAAAUGGAUACAGUGGAUGAUUUUAUUGACUAUGGCAGUAUGAAGACAUUGUUGUAAGACAGAAAUAGAGAACAAAAUUAUUUCACUUGAAAAAUUGCAUCAUAGUCGCAGAUUGGUUCGCUAAACUAUUGUCUAAUUAGGCAUUAAGAUGGCAAAAAGUAAUAACUUGCUAUUAAUAAAAAUAUUUUUACAAUUUAGAAGUCUUAAACAGUUUUGAACACAAAUUCAUUCUCAUUUUCAAAAUAAACAUUAUAAUUCUCACGAUGUGCGGGUUAUCAGAAUGCUGUACAUUUGAAGGCUUUCUUUUUUAUACUCGUAUUGUGUAGCAGGUGUUUCAAGGUCACUAGAGUUACAUAUCUAAUACCAUUAGAAUAUGCAACACACUCACAUACACAUACAAAUACACAUAUAUACACACACACACAUACAGAUACACAUAUAUACACACACAUACACAUACAGAUACACAUAUAUACACGCAGAUACACAUACACAUACACAUACACACACACACACACACACACACACACACACACACACACACACACACACGUACAACUAUUUCCACAAAGCACUGUUACACGAAAAUAAAACCAACACCGGUGCAGUUUAUUUUAUUGUGAUCUGCUCUGCAUUUGGACCGAUGCUAUACACGGCAAAGAUAAAUAAAUAUUUCUAGUGUGAUAUUAACGACAAUACUCCCCCGUGUGAUGUGUCAAGGCUGGCCAGUGAUGAGUUGACUGAUCGAUUGACAGGCUGGUGGUCCAAAGUGUCACUGACAAGUUGACAGGACUGAUUCACAAAAACGUGUGUACAAAGAACACGUGGUUUUAUAAACGCAUCUAGUCACUUAGAAGUCUUGUAGGUAGAAAGGUCUUUCUUAAAGUUAUAGAGAUAUCUUAUACAAUAUUGAAGAGUGUUUGUUUAUUUCCACUGAUGUCACUGCUCACAUCACACACACACGCGCACGCACACGCACACACACGUACACAUAUACACAUACACAUAUACACAUACACACAGUUAUAUGUUUUGAUAUCAUCGGCACCAGUUAAUGAUAAUAAUAAUAAUAAAUGUAUAAAAUAGAAUAUAGAUAAGAAAAUAUAAAGAGAGAGUUUAAGAUAUUUACUAAAAGCCAAUGUAUUUUGUUAUUAAAUAAGAUAACGUUAAUUACAACCAAUAAGCAAAAUGACCAAUAACAGCCCUUCCAUCUUCCUUUUAUAUUCAUUAUCACUCUCAUCUGUCUGUCUUUUCCUUCAUCUUUAUCGGACUCCCCUUCGUUCUUCCAUAUUUUCGCUUUUUUAAAUUCUCCCUUCACUGAAAUCCUAAUACGUCCACUUAAAUCGUUUUCACACAGUAAUUCUCUGUCCAGGAACUCUUUCAUUCGCUGUGCUUGUUCAUACAGUUUUAGUUUUAUUUAUAUACGAAUACAUGCGCACGUACAUGAAUGCAUUACUGUUCACUCACAUACAUAAAUACACACAUACGCACAUACAUACAUAUGUGCGUACGUACUAUUAUAUACUACUGUUUUUGCGCGCACGUACAUGCUCCUGUGGAAUUUCAGUAACAGCCAAAGGUACGUAAAUACCAGGUUCUGUGCAAAACGUCACUUAUAAUCCACUGAAAUGUUGUAGCCUGUGAUAUUACGGUCCCUAAUUUCUCUUCGCGUUUUUUCUCUUUAAAAAAAAAAAAAAGGUGAAAUGAAAUGAACGCGCGAUAUCACCCCAUUAUUUUACAUCGUAAAUAUUCAUCUGGUGUGCCAUUCCUUACUUGUGACUCUGGCCGAACUAUAUUUUUACAAUGCAGUUGGUGUGUCCCAGUGUUUGCAAUGCCUCUGUCUUUUUUGGAAAAUAAACAUUAUUAUUAUUAUUAUUAUUAUUAUUAUAUAUAUUUAUUAUUAUUAUUAUCAUUAUUUUUUAUCGUUGUAGCUUGUACACCUAAAUGAAAAUCUUAAACUGAAAAAAAAAUUCACGGGAGCACAUGAAAUAUAUUAACUGCAGAGUAUAUACACAUACACAUAUUAGAGAUACUUAUGGACGUAUAUCAUGCAUGUUAUAGAUGAUGUCCUUGCAAUCAGAGCGGACAUAGGGUUACGAAAUUAGUUGACUCACGUUUCUAAAUACCUGUGUUUUUUUAUAUGUACAGAGAGCUCAGUUCUCUUUUCCAAACUGACAGUAAAUUCAAAUCAACAGAACAUAACCUUGUAGAUUUGCUAUCUUCUUUUCAGUGUUUCAAACAGUCAAGAAUUCGAGGGGAAAAAAUCAAUACGUCCUUCAGAUACAAAUAAAACAGGACCAGAGUUAUUACGGGCUACAAGUGAUGUUAUUACCACAGCGGCAAUUUGCAAACAGUCUCUCUCUCUCUCUCCUUCUCUCUCCAUCUCUCUCCUUCUCUCUCCGUCUCUCUCCUUCUCUCUCCGUCUCUCUCCGUCUCUCUCCUUCUCUCUCCGUCUCUCUCCUUCUCU